AUUAAUGAUAAAACCAGUCUUGUAAAUUGCUUGAUUAAACAUAAACUUAUACUUUUUAGUGUUCAACUAUGUAUUUUAAGUUUUUUCUUAAAGUAUCUGUAUUUAAAAUCAAAUAACAUUUUUUAAUUUAUUUUCUAUUUUCAUUUAAAUCAAGUUGAGAAAAACAAAAUACUGGAAUAUUUAUAUUAUAAUGAAUUGUCAUUAUUCAUACAUAAUAAUAUAAUUUUUUAACAAUAAUCAUAGUCUAAAUAAUCUAAGACCGUGGUCACUUAGCAUGCCAUUCGAGUUUUUUAAUAGGGGUGCCAAAACUUAGGCAUGCUAAUUUUCUAACCAUCCGAACACUUCAUCUAAGUAAAUAUAUGUAUUUUUUAUACGGGGUUGAAGGUUUAUAAAUUUAAUGAAUUUGGUAGUUGGAAAUAGAUAGUGUCAUACUAAUAACAUGCAUCUAUAAAUAAUGAGUAGGUAUACAUCAUCUUCGUACAUAGGUAUUAAAUUAUACGCUUCAGGAUUUCCAUAAUAUGUUUUUAUGUGCGUCGGAGCGUUUGGUAAAUAUUAAGGGAGGUGCAAAUAUGGCGCAAAAAAAAAAAAUAGUUCUGUCAAAGUACACUCCGUCACCCCCUCCCCGAAACCCUCCAAAUUGCGCCCUUGCAAAUGGGUUUGAUCGCCAUUGCUCGAAAUUCGAACGCACUACAAGUGAAAUAAAAAAUUUUAAAUUGCCGCUGAAUACCUGGAACAAGGUACAAUGCAAUGGUCGGUUACGGUGUUUGAAUAGAUACGCUUUCCACCGUCCUUGGAACUCCAUUAUACCGCGCGUCGUUCGGCAUAACCACGAGCUGUAGAGGUAUAAACAAAUCUCGGGCGACGCCAACAACCGUAUGCCCCCGCCCUGCAUUUCCAACUCACGUUUUCCGUUCGGCCGGCAGCUGUUGUAUGGGUACCCCACCAAUUUUUGUAGGAUUCCGGCGAUGUGAGGUACUGCACCGUUGUGACGACUGACGACGUUCUAACGUUCGGCCGGCCAUUUCUAUUCAAGUAACCCGAUUGUUAAUACUUGCUGGCAUCGGCGAUUUUUUUUCUACUUGUAUUUUAAUAUUUGCCAUCCUGUCUUCCGUUAACUUCCCACUUAACAGGCGACUGCGGUACCACGGACGACGAGGUUCAACAGUUAUUCAACGCAGUGGUGCUCGUAAUUUUGGAACGUACAACAUGCCUAGAAGAAGUCGAGUUGAGAAAAUCGCCUUGUUACCGCUGAACUUGUGCCGCAUUUGCCUGCAUGAAAUACGUCUUAAGUCCUUCGACGUGUUUGGGUCCGACGAACCACAUCUGCUCCAGCAAGUCAAAGAAUACUUCAAAGUAGAGAUUACGGGCAUUGAUGGCAAAUCUACUAAGUUAUGUGAAAAUUGCAUGGAUAAGAUUGAUAAUUGGCAAGACGACAUCGAGAAAGCUCAAGAAAAUCAAAAUAUAUAUGUGUUACGUGCUUUCAAGACUGUGAAAAAACGACCCUUGUCUGCUUCAACCAAAAAGAGGAAAGCAACAUUAAGAAGAUCCAAGAAAAGAAAAAGAACCUCGUUAAUACCUAGGCAUGAAAUUCCAUCAACAUCCAAUGUUCAAUCACCAUUAAAAUCUAUCCAACAAUCUACUUCAGCAUCCAUUUAUCAAUGUCAAUCAAUAGAUACUCAAUAUGUAUCAGAUUUUCCAUCCACAUCAAAAUCAAAUGAAAUAAUUCCUAUUACAUCUACAGAUAUUAUCCCAUUUGCUUCAACUUCAGCAGAAUUUAUCUCACCCGCGUCAACUUCAGCACAAUUUAUCUCACCCGCGUCAACUUCAGCACAAUUAAUCUCACCCGCGUCAACUUCAGCAGAAUUUAUCUCACCCGCGUCAACUUCAGCACAAUUUAUCUCACCCGCGUCAACUUCAGCAGAAUUUAUCUCAACCGCGUCAACUUCAGCACAAUUUAUCUCACCCGCGUCAACUUCAGCAGAAGUUAUCCCAUAUGCAUCAUCAUCAAUAGAUAUUGUUCCAUCAUAUACCAUUAACGAAAUUUCAUCAACAGGAGAUAAUCCAGUCUGGUAUUCAAAUGGAAAUAAAAUAACAGAUCCUGAAUCUGAAGUUUAUGACAGAUUUAAAUCUUUUAAAGCAGAAUGUGUUUGUAUAUUUUGCACUUACCAGCAUGAAGAAGUAUCGCGAAAUGCGUAUAAUCAUAUAUUAUUUUGUUCUAAACAUUCCGAACCAUAUGCCUGUCUUAUAGAAAAUUGUCAUUCUGUAUUUCCCAGUAAAUUGGUUUUUAUUCAACAUUACCGUACUCAUUUGAAUCUCAAAAAUUCGACUUAUUUGUGUAAUACAUGCUUUAGUGUUUUAACUUGUCCGAGAAGAUCAGUUAUGAUGGAUCACACUCAUCAAAAUCUUUCCGACUUAUUAAAAUGUUGUUCGCUUACUUUCACAACAAUGACUAAAUUUGUUCUUCAUAAACUUAUAAAUCAUUGUGCAAUAGUUGUCACAAGUCACAACAAAUCGCGUACUCUUCAAAAACAGAAUCUGAAUAUUAAGAAAACAGAACUGGAAGACAUAAAAGUUGGUAUGGAUGUACCUGGCACAGUACCAAGCGAUCAGAUAAUUAAAAAAAACGGAAGUCUUAAGUGUUAUUGUUGUCCAAAAUAUUUUAACAGUAUUCCUGAAUUUAUAGAUCAUAGUAAGGUUAAGCAUAAGAAUUUAAUUACAUUAAAAGAUAAAGGAAUAAAAUUAUGCCCUCUGUGUGAUAAUAGUUAUUUUAAUGAACAAUUUAGUGAGCAUGUUGAAAACUGCACCAAUACCAUGAAAGUUGGUGAAAAGUCAUUGAAUCAUUAUGGAUGCGUUUAUUGCUGUGUAAUUUUCACGAAUGUAUCUUCUAGAGAAUUUCGCAAUCAUGUUCUGUACUGUAAAUCUUUUAAAUUAGGUGUAGCCAGCAGUAAACUUGCUCAUAAAUGUACCAAUUGUACUUUUACAAGUACUGACGAUGAUUUAAGUUUAGUACAUGCAAAUUCUAACUGUUUGUAUUUCCAAAUGAAAAUGAGAUAUGCAAUGGGACCGGAAGAAAAAAAUAAAGUUAUGCUACGAAUGGACUUUGUUAAACAAAAUACAGAGGAACAGGAGGAUGAAGAUUGUACAAACGUUAAAGAACUUCUCAGUUCUUCAAAAACAUUUUGCAAUACAGCUAGACAAAAGCUGCUUAAAUUUUAUAACUUUUUUUGUAAUAACUGCAAAAAUCUUUUCUUUGAUAAAAUUAUCUUUUUUAAGCAUUUGACUGAGACAGGAUCUUAUUGCCGAUUGCAAACUUUAAUCUACUGCCAAAAUUGUCUAACUGAGUUUAACACAUUGGAAGAGUAUCAAGGCCAUUUACCUAGUAUGCCAGAAGCAUCACCAAUAAUAGUAAAACAAGAAACGUUUGGACAAAAUAAUGAUGAAUACGACGGCGAUCUCCCUAUGGAUGUAGUACAUCUCAAUCCAAAUUAUCGUGAUGUGAAAGUUGAAAUAAAUAACGAAACAUCUUGUCAAAAACAAGAACCUAUUGAUGAAACAAGCUGUAAUAUAGAGCAAUAUCAAGAACAGGAACAGGAACAAGAACAAGAACAGGAACAGGAAGUUUCAAAUAAUCAUUUUAAUAACAGUGUUUUUUCAUGCCCAGAAAUGGACAUAACCACCAAUGACAUUUACAUGCAAUUUGAAGUUGAAGAAAAACCAGAUUUAAAUAAAAUGUUAGAUGAUCCGGAAUAACAACAUGUGUAUAUCACAUAAUUCCGAUAAAGUUAAAACUAAACAUAUAGUUAGUUUUAUAUCCAAUUUUCUUACUUGAUUGUUAGAAUCCAAUAUUGUUAUUUAUAUUGAUUAUAUAAUUUCUGUAGUUCUUUAACAAGGUGAAUAGCUAUUUACUUAGAAAUGACCUAUUCCAUAAAAUAAUUUUUUUUUUUUUAAAAAGGAUUUUAUUAGUAAAUUGAUAAUCAUGACUUAAAUGCACUUUUAUGAUGUAACUUAUUCAUUUUUUAAAAGUUACACUAGAAUACAUUAUAAUUAUAUUUGUGUUUUGUUAGUUGUUUAUAAUGUUGAAAUCUUAACAUUAAUUCCAAAAUAUAUAA